AUGCUAAGGAACAGCGACUUGACGGCUGGGUCGCUGGAGAUGGAAUCGCUUUGCCAGGACAUCGUUCGAGUUUUGGAUUUCUUUGACGUCCGCGACGGUGCUCUUGUCGGACAUGGUGUCGGUGGCUUCAUUGCCAUCCAAUACUUGCUGAAUAAUCCCAAGCAUGCCAAGAGGAGGCUUCCUCAUGGAUUUGUUUGCAUUGCGUGCUCUGCAGGCAACUUUCAGGAGACCGUCGGCCAUGACUUGCUAAGGCAGUUGUCGAAACUGUUUGCAGUGGUUCGCUUGCCAGAGAUCGUCUCCUAUUUCGAUCUGUUCGGGGAGGUCUCGAUAUCCAAGCGGCUUGGUGCCAAUGCCUCCUUUGCAGCCGUCCGGGUUGCCUUAGAGGCAAGCCGAGCUGCAGCCAGCGAGUGGGCAAUUCGAAACCUCAGCGACAUGCAGUGGAACUUCGAUUUGCAUCCCCACAUUCCGGCCUUGACAUUGCCUAGUGCUGUACUUCUCAGCUCCGACGACGAGCGGGUACCGCGCCCGACUGCAUUGAAAGAUGGCUUCGAGGCCUCCGGAUCCUUGCGGGCAUUCAAGCUCUUGCAAGAUGCAGGCCAUUUCCUGCCGCUGACGAGUGUCACAGAUUGUGGCAACGGCACUCUCUGGCUAGACGGCAGAGGGGGUGCUCGCAGCUGCAUGUGGCAAGUCCGGUACUGCCGCGUUCCGAAGCCGGACACCACGCUUCGCUCGGGAGCCCUGCCAGGUCCGAGCUCCGCGGGCUCCGCGGGCUCCGCUCCAGGAGCUCCACCCGCGCUGCGAGGCGCUGUACUUGGAAGGCGAGAGAAAAGCAGUGGCAAGGAGCAAAAGCCGCCUGAGCUGGUGGAAGCGAAGCUGAAGUCCAAGACUCCGUCUCCGUCGGGAAAGGCUUGGGCAGAAGAAGUCCUCCGACGACACCAGCAACGGCUGCAGCAGCGAGAGGAAAUGCGGCGCUGCAAGGCAGAGCAGCGCGCAGAAGAGGAUCUGAAGGAAUGCUCGUUUGCACCAAAGCUCGUUUCUCGAAGCCACAUUCAGCUGCAGAUCAGAAAGGGGCGGCGACAGAUUGAGCAGUUGGCGGAGCAGCAGCAAGCUAUACUCUUUCGUCUCAAUGGUUUAGAAGACGAGGAGGUUCGCGCAGCAUCCUUUGCACGCUGGUCGGCUAGCAGAGACGAGAACCGAUCUUUGCUUCUAGGGGAGCUUGCGCAAGUUGAUGACGAUGCCCACGAUGUCAUCAGAAGUUUGGUCAAACUGGGAAUUCCGAGCGUUCUCGAAGAGCCGGAUCCCGGGACACUUUGCCCUCAGUACGAUUCGGGGCUUCUCCGCCGGCUGCGAAUGGAAGAUGCAUGGGGCUUUAAGGAGCUGGCACCAAUUCGAACUGCAGGUCCAUUGCCUCCGGCGCAGGUCUGA